ACGCAUAUGUGGCUAUAGCUAAAGGUCUACAGGUCUACUGGCGGUGUUCGUUGUGGCACCGACUCCAGGAUACAGCCUUCGACAUGUCGUUAUUUAUAGAACAACUCCACUUCUCGUGUUACGGAUUUCCCAAUGUGCAGAUAUUUUUAAGUCCAGGUAAGGCCGGGUAUUCUAUUAUGUAAAGUCCAAACUUUGUCCACGGAGAAUAGAUAUGACAUCAGUAUCCCCAUAACAUACGGCAUCUCUCAGUCUAGCUCUCACGAUCUAGAUACAAGGCGCCUGCAACUCAACUGGCGACAUCGUGUAAUUUCCUGGAUUGGUCCGUGUGUGUGCCGAGUUGAGCAGUAUAUUCGCCUAACGCUUGCACCUAACUGUCAACAUGGGCAACAACGGAAGCCGAAGUCUAGGAAUAAAAAGGGCCGUGCUUUCAGGAUGUAAAGCAGUCCAAAGAUUCUUCCGUAUAAAAUGGGUAAACCUCAAGGGUAUUUUUGUUGAAAGAAAGAAAAUGAGAGCAACCCUAGUUGUUACUGACGCUACAGAUGACCUUGACCCAGAUGAUGCUGGCAGUGACCUGGUUGGAACUAACAUGGUGAUGACCAUUACAUUUGAGAGUCCAGAUGAACUUGAGUGGAUACGGAGACAAUUUAAGGCAUCAUUUACGUCUUCGCGGGGAUCCAGGGAUGAGUUUCUCAAUCAGCUAAUCCAGCUUCACUAUACAUACGGCGUUGAGGUGGAGCAAAUCUACACUAAAGCUGACAAAGCCGAUAUUGCCGCAUCAACUCUCGGGAUGAUAUCCAACACACUAGGCUUCGUUGGGUUUGGAUUGGCCUUUGCCACCUUUGGAACAAGCUUGAUCAUCUCGCUGACGGGUGCUGCUUUGGGUAUCGUCUCCGGAUGUGUUUCUUUAGCCAUUCAUCGAAAAAGGAUGACAGCCAAAAAAGAAAUGUGGAAACAGAUAAAAGCCAGGACCGAUAAGUUCAACCAAGAAAACGAAAGACUUUUACACAUACUUUCGGAGGCUGAGUAUUUUGGAAUCGUCACUUCGGGUGUCUCAGGAAUGAUAAAAGGGCCAGUUAAAGUUGGACUACAGGCAUUUGAAGUGGCACAGAUUGAUGAAGUUCUUCCGGUUCUUGGAGAUGUUGGUACUACAGCAGCAAAGGCAUCCAAAUCAGUUGUUAAAGGGUUGUCAACGUUCGGGAAAGUGUUGUUCUACGGUGGAUUUGUCUUCAAUGUUGUGUCAACAGCUAUCGACGGCUAUACAAUUGUUAAAAACUCGAAACGUCUUAUAAAGGGCGAGCUGUGCGACCAGGCUCAGGCACAUUAUGACAUUGCUCAUGCCUAUGAACAGUUACGUGACUCAGAGGCGUCAAGUCAAGAAUGUUUACUGUAGAGACCAAAUGGGGCAUCAGUCAUGACUAGGGGUGAAAGCGUACGCUCUUACCACGGUACGGUACGUAUAGCGGUACAAGGCCUUCGGUUCGGUCCGUUUCAGUUCGGUAUAAGAGAUAAUAAUGAUCAUAAUGCUUUUAAAAAACAAAACAAUACACAAAUCAGAUCUUGUC